UGCCUGGCCCCGCCGUGCCCGCGUCUAGUGCGGCCGCCAUGUUGUUGUGGCUGUGAGAAGCGGCGGAGGCAGCCAGGAGCCCAGCGACCCCGGCCCAGGCAGGAGGCCGCGCCCCGGGAGGGGGUGUGGGGGGCUCCGCGCCAUGCCCUGCCCCGUGUUCUAUUCUUUUGAUGGGAUCUGAGCAGACAUUGUCCUUCUCUGGCAUGGAUUUCCAGCUGAAGCACAGCUGUAUGCUCUGCUGAUCAGCUGAUAGGUGGAUGGGCACUAACUGCUGGUUGCCAAUGUGAAGUAUUGGAAGAGUAUCAUCUGAAACUUUCUGGGACAGAGGGCUGUUUUAUUAUCUCAUUCUUCGAUCAAGGAGAACAGCGCAUCACGUAAUCUGAAAAACAUACAGUGAGAAGCAAAAGCUAGAAGCUGAAACCAGAUGCAUUUGAGAAGUGCUGAACCCCUCCUUUCUUGGUAUCUUCAACUCAAGAGUAGACAUGGGUUUGGGAGAUAAGCGUAACCAAACACAACAUACGUAAAGUACCGAGUCACGCUGGAAUCAAGCACGAGGGGAAGAACCUGCCUGAAUUAAAAAAAUUGGAUAUAAGAGAAAUCUUGAAAUCAGAUUGUAACUCCCGUAUUUACUUCCAUCAUUAAGUUCCUAAUAGGGUCAAUUGCGUAAUCUUCAAGACUGAAUGCUCUUCGAUAUUUCCAGAAAAUUUGCGAAUGAUAAGAUUGGGGCAUUGUUAGAUAGUGGAGAGAGCAAUUCACUAGUGUAUAGUGAUCUGGAGCUCUUGGAAAGAUUUUAAUAAUAAGUGAAGAAGAGCCUCAAAGUAUUGUGAGUAAAGACGAGGAUUUCUCCUCCAGUCCAGGGCCUGUCAUGGAUGAAGAGACUCAGCACAGCCUUGAAUGCAUCCAGGCAAAUCAGAUUUUUCCCAGGAAGCAGCUGAUCCGAGAGGAUGAGAACCUUCAGGUCCCGUUCAUUGAACUUCAUGGUGAGAGUACAGAGUACGUAGGACGAGCAGAGGAUGCCAUCAUUGCACUUUCUAAUUACAGGCUUCACAUCAAAUUCAAGGAGUCUGUUGUGAAUGUUCCAUUGCAGCUUAUAGAAAGCGUCGAGUGCCGUGAUAUAUUUCAACUUCAUUUGACUUGCAAAGACUGCAAGGUUAUAAGGUGUCAGUUUUCUACCUUUGAGCAGUGUCAAGAUUGGCUUAAGCGACUGAACAAUGCCAUCCGCCCUCCUUCGAAGAUAGAAGACCUUUUCUCAUUUGCCUAUCACGCUUGGUGUAUGGAGGUAUAUGCUAGUGAAAAGGAACAGCACGGGGAUUUGUGUCGGCCAGGAGAACAUGUAACUUCAAGGUUUAAAAAUGAAGUAGAGCGGAUGGGUUUUGAUAUGAACAAUGCCUGGAGGAUUUCCAACAUCAAUGAGAAGUACAAGCUCUGUGGUAGUUACCCCCAGGAAAUCAUAGUGCCUGCCUGGAUCACGGAUAAAGAGCUAGAGAGUGUGGCAAGCUUUCGGUCCUGGAAACGUAUCCCUGCCGUUGUGUACAGGCACCAGAGCAACGGAGCAGUUAUUUCCCGCUGUGGACAGCCCGAGGUCAGUUGGUGGGGCUGGAGGAAUGCAGAUGACGAACACCUUGUCCAGUCUGUAGCCAAAGCCUGUGCCUCAGAUUCGAGGUCCAACAGUAACAAAUUAAUGAAUGGAAAUUGUUCCAGAGAUUUCUCCAAUGGAGGGGACCUCUCUGAUGUGGAAUUUGAUUCUUCAAUCUCUAACGCUUCAGGAGCAGAGAGUUUGGCAAUACAGCCUCAGAAGCUUUUGAUCUUAGAUGCGCGAUCUUACGCAGCAGCUGUGGCGAACAGAGCCAAAGGCGGAGGCUGUGAGUGCCCAGAAUAUUAUCCAAACUGUGAAGUGGUGUUCAUGGGGAUGGCAAACAUUCAUUCUAUCCGGAAGAGCUUUCAGUCGCUGCGUUUGCUCUGCACACAAAUGCCAGAUCCAGGAAAUUGGUUAUCAGCUCUGGAAAGUACCAAAUGGCUGCAGCACUUAUCUGUGCUUCUGAAAUCUGCCCUACUUGUGGUUCAUGCCGUGGACCGAGACCAGCGACCAGUCUUGGUGCACUGCUCAGACGGCUGGGACCGAACCCCCCAGAUAGUGGCGCUGGCCAAACUGCUGCUAGAUCCGUAUUACAGGACCACAGAGGGUUUCCAGGUGCUAGUGGAGACAGAGUGGCUGGAUUUUGGCCACAAGUUUGCAGAUCGCUGUGGCCAUGGUGAGAAUUCGGAUGACCUAAAUGAGCGCUGCCCAGUGUUUUUACAGUGGCUGGACUGCGUCCAUCAGCUCCAGAGGCAGUUCCCUUGCUCUUUCGAGUUUAACGAAGCAUUCCUUGUGAAAUUGGUGCAGCACACCUACUCUUGCCUCUUUGGUACAUUCCUGUGCAACAAUGCGAAAGAGAGAGGAGAAAAACACACUCAGGAACGGACCUGUUCUGUCUGGUCUUUGCUGCGGGCAGCAAACAAAGCCUUCAAAAACCUGCUCUACUCCUCCCAGUCGGAAUCUGUGCUGUAUCCAGUGUGCCAUGUGCGUAAUCUGAUGCUCUGGAGUGCUGUUUACCUGCCGUGCUCUUCCCCCUCUACGCCCGCUGAUGACACCUGCGCCCCAUACCCCGUUCCAGGCUCUAGCCCUGAAGAUCAGCCUCUGGGCAGGUUACCAAAGACAAGAUCAUUUGACAAUCUGACAACAGCCUGUGAUAGCAGCGUGCCUACAACCAAUCGCCGUAGCAGUGACCCCAGCCUCAAUGAGAAGUGGCAAGAGCACCGUCGAUCUCUGGAGCUGAGUAGCCUCGGUAACCCUGGGGAUGAUCCCUUCGAUGGAGACAGCCUGAGUAAACAAGGCAGGGCUCCAGUUGGAGCAGAACUCUCUGUUGCAGCUGGUGUGGCAGAGGGACAGAUGGAGAACAUUUUGCAGGAGGCCACUAAAGAUGAUGUUGGUCUGGAGGAGCACUUAAGGGGUAGCCUAGAGACAGUAGGUAAAGGGGAUGAGAUUGCCCUGGACAAAAAGAGAACUGAAAAUCUACAUGGGUAUGUCAGUGACUUCUGUGAAAAGGCUGAGGCAGAUAAAGGUGUUGUAAUGAACAAUCCAGCAGCCAACCCGCAUCCGGUUUCACAGGGUGCUUCUGAGCUUGAAGGACAGCAGGAUGGGCAUUCUGAUCUCAGUAAUGCCAUCCAGAACUUAGCUUGGGUGAAAGGACUACAGACUGUUCCUCUGGAGGGCUUUGUAAAUAGAGACGCUCAAAAGAACACGGAGGAGGAAGGCGUUAGCAAACCUGAAGGAGAAGCAGAGAGCCUGUACAAUACAGCGCAGGCCAACCUUCUGUUACCUCUGACAAUCCCGCACGAGGCAAGAGCAUCCAACAUUGAAAGUUCUACAGAAACCUUAACAGAGAAUGAAGUGAAGCAAGAGCUUGUUCCUAAGGGCCCUUGCCAUGGACCUCACCUGGUGGACAACAGCACUGACGAGCUUUCUCGAACUAUUGAAAAUAGGCCGGAGGGGGAGAGCAUGCCAGAACUUCAAAAACAGGGAGCAAAAGUGCAUAGGACUUCUGGUAGCAGCAACACACGCAUCCCAAUGCCUUCCCCUUGUGCCUUGCCUUUAGCUGAAUGUAAAGAUGAGAUUGUGUGUAACGGAGAGCUGGAGCCCGAGAACAAGAUGACAGAGAAGCCUGCGGGGUUUAGUAUCGCCCAGAAAUACCACGUGACAAAUGGACACUGUGUGAAUGGAGAGGACGGUAGGAUCAAAGCCUCUCUGAGUCGGCAGGUCUCCACAGCUAGCUGUAGUUCUGCACAGUUUCACUUGAGGAACUUGCACCAAAAAUGGAUGGUUAGUCAUCUUGGUAAGCAGCAGGCAGCCAGCAGCCCAGACCAACCUGCCAGAAGUCACCUGGAUGAUGACGGGAUGCCUGUCUACACUGAUGUCAUCCAGCAGCGCCUGCGCCAGAUAGAAACUGGGCAUCAGCAAGAAGUGGAGACCUUGAAGAAGCAAGUGCAAGAGUUGAAGAGCCGGUUGGAGAGCCAGUUCCUGAACAGCUCCUUACGUCUCAACGGUGAUUAUGGAGACGAAGUGACUUCUAUACCCGACUCGGAAAGCAAUCUGGAUCAGAACUGCUUGUCUCGCUGCAGCACAGAGAUUUUCUCUGAAGCCAGCUGGGAACAGGUGGAUAAACAGGACACAGAGGUGACACGAUGGCUUCCAGACCACCUGGCUGCACACUGCUAUGGCUGCGACAGUACGUUCUGGCUUGCCAGCAGGAAGCACCACUGCAGGGACAUUGACCGUGUCGAUCAAAUCUGGAAUUGUGGCAAUGUGUUCUGCUCCAGUUGCUGUAACCAGAAGGUGCCCGUUCCCAGUCAGCAGCUCUUUGAACCCAGCAGAGUCUGCAAAUCCUGCUACAGCAGCUUGCACCCCAGCAGUUCCAGCCUUGAUCUUGAACUGGAUAAACCCAUCACUGCCACGUCAAAUUAAAGUUCCAGCCUCGGAGCAGCGGGGGAGCAGCUGUGCCGACUCUUCCCCAAGAGACGUGCAGAUUCUCGGUGGGCUGAGGCUGGGAGGAUGCGGGAGCUGUGCACUUUGGAGGUUGGGGCGUGGAACACCGCUCGGCAGGACAGACCUGGAGGACGUACCGCUGGAUUGUGGGAUUCUCCUUUUCCAGCUGUUCCCCCUUUCCUUUCUGUCCUAUCUGUGUGUAUGUGUCUAUGCGCGUGUGUGUGUAUAUAUAAUAAUAUAUAUAUGUUUGUUUGCUGGAAGAUUGUGGAAGUGGGAAGGGAGCUGGUGCCAGAACCAGAUUUCCCUUUUGUGUUUAACUGCCCCACUGCCGAACUGUUGCAGACAGACAAUUUUGGGGAGGAAAGGAGAAGAGGGGAAUUGGUCCAGCCGAUGUGCAGAGUGUGAAUACCUGUAGCGUCAGCGCUAGUGCUUUCAAUCACUCCCGUUACUUCCAAACAAGAAACUGCUGUUUGGGAACCUGUUGCUGCUAGAAGAAAUGGGAAUCUCUUUCCCAAGAGAGCACUCUCCCUCUCUGUUCUUAGAGUGGGCUUAGAUAUCCUCGCUGCGUGAAGGGGAAUCGGUCACGGAUUUCCAUACUCGGCGGCUCUGCGUGCACGCGUGAUCUGUGUGUUCUGUUGCCGUCAGCCCUGCAGCUGUGGCUCGGAGAGGAGACACCUGGACUGGCUGGCUAAGGAAAGUGCGUGCUUGUUUGCGAGAGGUGAGAAAGGGAUUGAGCAGGCGGCCAAGCUGAGAUGGGUUUUACACUGGCGCCUCUCUCAAGUUCUGUAAAUGCAAUUCAUUAUUUAAAACCGAGUGGGAAAGUAGAUGACCUUCAACUUCUGUCCCUGCCCCGUCUGUAGGAUGGUUUACUCGAUGCAAAGCUACUUUUGGAGCAGUGCACUUGUCGUGGUUCGUACAAACAGGCCGUCGUGUGCUGUUGUUCAGACUCGCACUUUAAUGAGACUAUCCAAACCAACGAAAGAGCAACUGUGAUACGCUGGUGUUUUCGCUGGGCUUGGUCCAUGAGGAGUGCACUGGUGCUUCUAAUGCUCCUGGGACGUCUCCUCCUUUUGCAGUCUUUAUUCAGUAUACUCCAGAUAGGAAAAACCUGCCUGAGGAUUUUAUACAGACCUACAGUACAUCAUGGAUUCCCCUUCUUCCUUCUGUCCCAAUCCGAGUCACUUCUAAGGUCACCUCAUUAAAGUGUGAAUCUCUUGAAUAUGUUUUUUAAUGAGUGUUAGGUACUCCUCCCCUUCUCCUUCUGAUAGAGCCUGCUUAGCGCGGUUUGGCGAGGAAGAAACGUAGAUCCUGCUUCACAGUGUGUUGCCUGGACAAAGUUACAGCUUCUUGUGUGAUAUUCUCAAGAACAACAACAAAAAAAAUCCUGCUGGAGUAUUUGAGAGUUUUAAAUACAAAACCUCAAAAUCUAAGAAACCUUGGGAAAGGAGUGCUUCCCUUCCCUGGAAUGUCAGAAUUGCAUAAUCCAAAGCGAGUAUCACGCAGAGAAAACAAUCUCAGUAUAUUUGUUAGGCCUGAGGGGGAAAAGAAAAGUCAAGGUAUUUUAUUUUUUACUUUGAACUUCCCACACCCUUUGCAAGGGUCGUUACACUGCUGCGGCGCGAGCUUAAGAUUCCCAAGACAAAGAUGAAGGUCCGAGGCCGGUUUAGAGUAGUGGGGAGGGCGUCUGCUAACGAAGCGUCUUGGGAUCUCCUCGGUGCGGGUUUGGAAACGUUUUCCAAACCACCAGGAGGGAAGAGCAAAGAAAAAGAUGGGUUCUCCAGUCGAGUUGUGUCUACGAGUAUUUGUUCCUAAAGCAGUGCAGCGAGUGUCCGGGAUAGACCCGUGGGCGUUGCUGCUCCCUGUAAAGCAGAGGCGGCUGGAGCAGGAAAAGGGUAACGUGCGGCUCCCAGCUCCGGCUCUUCCCCCGCGGGGCCGGUGAGAGGUCUGACGUUGGGGGACGCGCCGACGUCGUGUGGGUUUGUGGUGCAAAUAGUCCCAAAUGAGUCUGAGGUUCUGCAGUUCCUAAUGACAGGUGCCAAGAGGUUAUGAUACGGGUUUGGGGGUCUGUGAUGUACAGUGUGAAUAAAUGCUUGCAGCUCUUAGUCUUUUUUUGAUCAAUGAAGCACUUUUUUUAUUAAUAUUAUUUUUCUUUGUAUGUAAAGGAGGAACCAGUAUCUCUCCAUAGCUGUAUAUAUAACCGUUCUCUCCUAAAGAGAGUAAAGUGCUCCUAUAUUUUUCAUUUUUGUCAAAGCGAGAAGUAAAUACUUUAGAAUUGUUAAAUAUAUAAAUAAAAGUGAAUAAAGUUUAGACUUUUGCAUGGGAGCAUUUGCUAACACACUUUCUAAUUUUUUAUUUUUCUUUCCUCUCCUUCGUAGGGGAUAUAUUUGAGGUUCAGCAGAAACACCAAGGCCUUUGAAAAAGGAGGCUGCAGCAGGCUGCCUCUUGCUUUCUUUUCCACUGUGUGUCUUUGCAAGGAACAACAAACUGUUGCUCCUAAACUUAGAAGGAAAAAAAAAAUAUUAAGCUUGGUUUUCCUGGUGCGAGAGUCCCAGGGAGGGGGGGAAAGGACACAACCUGUGCACACCACCGGGUCCGGUCAGUACAAUCGGCACGGUUGUCUGAGGCUGGAGAACCGUAAGAGUCUCCUCUUCCUCGGUACCUCGUUUUUCUUUUUCCCCUGAACCACCCAUCAUAUUGCAAAGCGUUGAUCUGACAACGUUAGCCCAAAUGUAGGAGCAGCCCAGGUCACCCGGGAAUUCCCCCUGCUGCUCCCAUUUGGAAAAGGAAGCUCGAUGUCUUCCCUCCCCUGCAGCGAGUGAGCAGAGCGAGGUGGGGCAGGAGACAGGGCCCGGUUCUCAUUUGCACACUUUCUGCCUUACUCUCGAUGCUGGAUGGUGGAGCUGUGGCUCUUUGGGCACAAACCAGACUCGCUCAGGUUCACUAUCUUUUAAUCUUUUCCCAGAAGGUGGAAAACUCAACUGCUGUUUGUCCUGCAAAAGUCUCUUCCUGUGCAAGGGUCCGAUUAUUCUCAUUUUCCUCGGACCACUUGGUUUCAGCCGCUUGGCUGCACGCACUCCUGUCACGUCAGCUCCUACUCCAUCGCUUCUUUUCUUACAUAUUUGAAGGCGAGAGAGAGGAUUUGCCCUGAAUUCUCAGUCAGGGGGACUGAAGAGCUCCUUGAGCAACUGUGAGUUAUUUUGGGACAGGCCUGUUCUAAUCACAAGACGUUGUGCACAAUCGCUUUCUAAUCUCAUGGUAUUUAUUUAAUCAAAUAAAACUGCAGAUUCUGGGCAGAGCUGUGAUCGCAGCUGGGGUUUGUAUCUACAGCUUCAAGAAUAAGAGAAAGAAAAGCAUAUAUAAUGUUUUGCACUAUUAAGAACAUGCAAAGGAACAGCAGGUUUUCAAUUAUACACCAGAAUUUGAUUUUAUAUAGCUCCUUUCAUCCCUGAGUUACUUCAGAGUGCUUUUUCAAUCAUUCAUUACUCUGUAGACGUUAUGCGCCCACUGGUGCUGCCAGCCCCGGACCCCGCACCGCCGGGAUGUUCUCUGCUUGGGAAACGCUGAGCAAAGUCCCGCGAGUCUCCUCUGCUGAUGUCAGAGAGAGAAAUCUUAACUGCCGCAGAGCGUGGAGCUGUUACUGUGCUGAAGGGCUUCGCGUCGGGGGCGUCAACGGGCAGGGAGCUCUGCUAGAGGAGCUGGCAUCGUGUCGGAGCUCGUUUGCCGGUGAUCCGUUCUUCCUAACGAAUGUCCUUUUCUCUUCUGUUACAGCUCUCGAAUGGCACGAGAGCCUGAAAGGAGAGCAGCGCUGCGAUCGCAAUCCGCAGCUUUAGCGCUGUCUUACACGCUGUAAAACAAUCUCCUUAACGUAAAGGCGAUUUGUGCGGCUUAUCGGGAGUCUCGCAAAUAGCGUUAGUGGCUGAGGAACAGGACAAUCUCUGAGCGCUGAGGGUCCCUCUCGUCCCCAGGUAGGACAGCAGCCAGCCCAGCCUCUCCUUGCCGGCAGAGGCAGCAGUGAUCUUACAGGCUGGGCAAUUAAAUUACCAAUUAAUUAAUCAUAUUAGUGAAUUGGAUGGGUUGAGGUGUGGCGGCAGCAGUGUCUAGGAUGGAAAACCAAAGGCUCUUUGGUGAAGGGGAAGGUGUCGGGAAGCUCGCCGCUGCUCAGGAGAGGCUGUGGGCUGGAGCCCACGCUGGAGAGGUUUGGAGCUGUGAGGACACUGCCGAGGGCCGCAGCCGCGUGCAGGAAAGCUGGGUGGGUUCCGAGCCCGUCUAACAGCACGCUGGUACUUUAUGGUUAGCCUGCGAUUGUCACUGUAAUAGAUGCUGAAUUAGUCAGUGCGAGGUUUUGAGAAAGCCGUGUCUGGGGUCGGUGAGAAGACGGGGUUUCACUGGGCUGUGCUGGAAGGGGAUGCUCGGGCAGGCCAGCUCUCCGACGCUGGUGAUCCGGUGCGGGAUCCGGUGCGGGUUUCACUCAGUCCUUAGAGCCGCCCUCGGCUAGAAUCCAUCACUGGCAUCUCGGAACUGGCUGGUGAGUUCCGUGGAACAACCUUUCUUAUUCAAAAAGCAAAAGCAGUGAUUUAGGCUCUCUUUUUGAGGCAUGAGAUGAGCGAUGCCGCCUCUGCUCGUGCAGCGGUGCAGCCUGCGCUGCCCAGCACCGCGUUGGUGCUUUUGGUUUUCCUCUGACGGCCAGAGGAGUGAUUCUCCAGCAGCCCAGACCCACCCCGGGCAGCGUGAAGUUCCUUUUUUUAACAAUUUGGUUCAUUUUUUGAUGAAGGAGGGAAUCCACCAGCAUUAGAGCAAGGAUGCAGAAAGAGAAACGGAACCUUUUAAUGCAGCUGCGUCCAUACAAGCGUUUGUCCAUCUCGCUGUCCCUACGCCAUAGUGACGUGCCGUUUCCUGGGCAGAGGAAUAACCAGUUCCCAUCCCUCCAUUUUACACAUGUAACACAGGCAUCGGAGCUCGGAUUGUCGCAUUUCGGGAUUUAAGAUUACCAUAUUCUUCGGACUUCCAAAUUUUUUUAAAUGCUGCUAAAGUUUUAUCUUACUAUUUAACAAAUAUGGUUUUUUAAACCGAUUUCCCAUAGUUAUGUUAUUAAAUGAUUUUUACCUUGCAGUGGCAACAGGUGAUGCAUUUGAUUGUACAUUUUUUUUUUUGGUGGGAUUUGUAUUAAAAUGACAUCUGAAAUCUUGAUUAAUUACUUCAAGAACAUUAAAUGUUUUAAAACAUGCAAACCGAUGAGAGCAGAGAGCUGUUUAGCAGCAGUAUAAAUGUUAGACCCUAGCGCUUAUUUGUUUGUAACAGCAUUUAUUCUGCUGUAGCCUCAGAGUGAAUAUUUAGAUCUUAAUAAAUUUGUCAUUUUCCUACACAGUGA